AUGAUGUUGAGAAACUCAAGUCGGAAGCUGACAAGUCGGUUGUUCAGCAGCUCCGCAUUCAAGAUGACUGCGGCACCUUUAGAUGCUAGCAAGGUGAAAAUCUCCCGUGUGAGCACCCCCUCAAAGCCACGGCCCAACGACGAGUUGGUGUUCGGUAGCACCUUCGCCGACCACAUGUUGACCGUGGAAUGGACUAAGGAAAAGGGCUGGGACGUGCCAGAGAUCAAGCCUUACGGCAACCUCAGCCUAGACCCCUCUUGCGCUGUGUUCCACUACGGUUUUGAGCUGUUCGAGGGUUUGAAGGCCUACAAGACCCCGGACAACCAGGUGACGAUGUUCCGCCCAGACAUGAACAUGAAGCGUCUCAACAAGUCCGCGGCUAGAAUCUGCCUGCCCACUGUGGAGUCAGAGGAGCUCAUCAAGCUGAUGGGCAAGCUCAUCGAGCAAGACAAGCACCUCGUGCCUGAGGGCCGUGGUUACUCUCUGUACGUUAGACCCACCAUGAUCGGAACCACUGCUGCGCUCGGCGUGAGCGCGCCAGACAAAGCGCUAUUGUACGUCAUCACCUCGCCCGUGGGCCCCUACUACAAGACCGGCUUCAAAGCCGUGAGACUGGAAGCUACAGACUACGCUACCAGAGCAUGGCCCGGUGGUGUGGGUGACAAGAAGCUGGGUGCGAACUACGCGCCUUGCGCUCUGCCCCACCAACAGGCCGCUGCUAGAGGCUACCAGCAGAACCUGUGGCUGUUCGGGCCUGAGAAGAACAUCACCGAAGUGGGCACCAUGAACGUCUUUUUCGUUUUCAAGGACGCUGCCACAGGCAAGCAGGAGUUGGUGACUGCGCCCUUGGACGGUACCAUUUUGGAGGGUGUUACAAGAGACUCGAUCCUCGCGCUGGCGCACGAGAAACUCGACAGCAACAACUGGAUCAUCUCCGAACGCUACUUCACCAUCAAGGAGGUUGCCGAGAGAGCCGCCAAGGGUGAGCUCGUCGAAGCCUUCGGUUCUGGUACUGCCGCCGUUGUCUCGCCCAUUAAGGAGAUCGGCUGGAAGGGAACUGACAUCCACGUGCCUCUACAGCCUGGGAAGCAGACUGGUCCUCUGACUGAGCAGGUGGCUCAAUGGAUUGCUGACAUCCAGUAUGGUAAGGAGAAGCACGGAAACUGGUCUCGCAUUGUUGCUUGA